GUCCUCCGUCUCCUGAUAGACCAACUUGUGAAGUUCCUUAGUUGUGUACUCUUGGCUACCAAUCAGAUUAGAUCUCCUUGUAGCCAAUGGGGACGAAGCAAGCGACUUGUCUGGGUGUGUUGAGUUGGAGUUUACACUUUGGACCUGAGAAGAAGCAUUGAGAGAUACAGUAGGAACGGAGACAAAACCGCCCCACAACAAAUUAAAUUGGAUAUUUUGGCUGGAUCUCUGUUGUCUUGGAGGCUUCUUUGGUUUUCCACCCAAGCCAGGAAACUAUGGAGCACUACCCCGAUCAGGGUUGUGAUGGCAUUGAAAUGCUCGACUGGCUGUUUGAUCAAAAUGAAGGGAUUCUCCGUCAUGAGGAAACAGGACGCCAUGGCAACCAUUACAGCUGGCCAGUCCAGGACCCAGAUAUGCUGCAGCCGGUCGAACAGACAGACGAUGACUUCCUCAACGCCAUUCUGAGUGGAAAGGAUUCUGUGUCGGGCUCGCCACUCUGGUCCCCGUCUCCCAGUGACAGUGGGAUCAGUGAGGACCCCCCAUCAGACCAGAUGGACAGCCCUCAGCGCCCUGAAAGCCCUCAUGGAGACGCCCAGUACUUCAAUAUGAGGCCACAAACCAAGGCAGACCUUGAAGCUAACAUCUCCAUCGACCUCAAUGGCUGGGAGCCUGGACUCCCAACGGGCAGGACGAGGAUUACACAAGAUCCUUCUCAUGUCCAGAGGCCACAGCUGUCCCCCGGCCUCCCGCUGACUGUCAAGGAUCUGCUGCUGUCUGGCACGCCCGAGCCCGCCCCACACCCAUCCCAGCAGUCCAUUCAAGAGCUGAUUCUCAAUGAAGAUGAGAAGAAGCUUUUGGCCAAGGAGGGGGUGGCUCUCCCCAGCCAACUACCUCUUACAAAGUAUGAAGAAAGGAUUCUGAAGAAAAUACGCAGAAAGAUUCGCAAUAAGCAGUCGGCUCAGGAGAGCAGGAAGAAGAAGAAGGAGUAUAUUGAUGGACUGGAGAGCAGGAUGGCUGCCUGCAAUGCACACAACCAGGAGCUGCAGAGGAAAGUGUCCCAGCUGCAGAAAUGUAACAUGACUCUAAUGGAACAGUUGCACAAGCUGCAGGCGAUGGUCAUGAAUUCAUCUAACAAGCCGGCCCAGACUGGGACAUGUGUACUGGUGAUUCUGCUGUCCUUCUCUCUAAUCCUGUUCCCCAACCUCAAGCCCUUCUCUGACACCAAGGUCAGCCAAGGAGACUUCAGUCCAGUCAGAAUCCAGUCACGGUCCCUGCAGAACCUGCAGGCUUCACGUGUGCUGCAUGUCAUUGAAUCCCCGUUCUCUGCUGAGGAGGAAGCUGAGCCUCUGCACCGGCAUCCCCCAGGAGACCUCGGACUGGAAGAUAUUACUACCAUGAUGGGAAAACUGGGAGUUAAGCGAGACCAGUCCAGCUCGGAGCCCGUGUCUCUGAACGGCACUCAGGAAGAAAGGGCGGGUCAUUUCCACGUAGACCCGAUUACUGGUCACAUAGCUACCUUGACCUUGGAUCCGCAGCGCUCCACCAGGCUGCGACCACACGCUGAUGACAUGUAAAAGAAGUGAAUAAAUUAUCCCUGCAUGAAUUCCCUAAAUCAGGGGUGUCAAACUCAAAUACACAGUGGGCCAAAAUGUAAAACUUGGACAAAGUCGCGGGCCAACAUUGAUAUUUAUUGAAAAAAUGGACCUAAACAAGUUCAAACGAAAUGGAAAAAGCAAAGCUUGAUAUAACUUAAUAUUGCAAACAUGCAAAAUCGAAUAUCAGAUAAAACAAACAAACACAUCAAUGGCAUUCAUUUCUUAAAUAAAAUUUAAAUAAAAAUCGUAUGUCCCUUUAUUUUAUAUGCGGCCUUCUUUAAAUUUAAAUUUAACAGUUAUCUUUUUCCACAGGCUAAAAAUAAAUGUAAGAAUAAAAUAACAAUAAUAAACCAAAUAACUAAUAAUAAUAUCCUUCAAUGAAUGUGCAACCAUUCAAGCCUUGGACUAGCAAGAAAAACUGAAUAAAGACAACUUUAAUUGUUGCUCAGUUUGCUCCACACUGAUCUACUGUGUUCAAGCCAAAACACCAGCAGAGCAUUCUGGGAUUUGUAGUAUUAUUUGCGCUGUGUAAUAAUAAUUUGGUAUUGCCUUUCUGGGCCAAAUAUAAUUAUACUGCGGGCCAAAUUUGGCCCGCGGGCCAGAGUUUGACACCUCUGCCCUAAAUCAUCCUUCUAGAGCAGGGGAUAAUCUGCAGCUGCUGUUUGUUUACAAAUACGGAGAAAAUUUGAUUUUAAUCAUAGCUGUUUUGCCUUUAAUAUAUAUAUUCAGUCCGUGUGCCUUUUCCUUGUUUGUUAUACAUUUUAUAUCGGUAAAUGGAUUUAAAUCUUACUCUGAGAUUGCCUGUCAAGAUGUAUCCUUUGCCUCUUUGCUAAAAUGCAAGUGUAAAUUAGCGUGUUUGAAGCUGUCAGGGUAAAUAAGGCUGACAAAAAUGACAUUUUUUGAUAAGUUUUGAUCUUGAUGGAUAAUUUGUAAACUGUUGAAAGGAUUUUUUGAAAGGACGUUUUCAUUAAAAUAACUGUUUAGAUCAAUUUCUGGAUGAAAGCGCCUCGAAUAAAUUAAAUAAAAAUGUAAAAAGAGUGAAAAACAGUGGCCUUAAAGUACUGCAUUUUCAUUUUCUCUGUCAUGUUCUUGAGCUUUAAUAAUUAAAAGGGACUCAAAGCACACUGUGCAAUAUUUCCCCUGACACUGCCUGAAAAGAUAUGCUCCAGUGUCUAGACAAGCCACAAAAGUACAGUAGGUUGGAUGUCACUGGAGGCAGAGAGGGAGACAGCAGGAAACUGGGACAAAGGUGAGACAGAUGACCUCUUAUCUCAUGACUCAGAGUUCUUUCCCAAUAAUUGACAAGUUGAUAUAUUUACUCGUUAAAGGCCUGUUGCUCACCGUAUCUGUGUGGUCAGUGCAGACCGCACAUUGAUCGGAUGAAAGUGUUGUUAUCCUCGGUGCCACUUGGCCCAGAAUUUUAUCUAAAGGUCUGACAUGUUCAGGUUGACAUUUUCCCAGCGGUCAGCUCGGCUUCACUUCGAGGGCUGACCGGAAACUCAAUACUUCGAUUAAAUGAGCCACUACAAAUAAUAAGAAAUACAAGAAUAAACCACCACCUUAUCAGAAAUGUAUUCUUAUUCUGUCAUCUUUAAUCAAAUUCAUGUCUAUAUGUUGUGUCUAUUUAUGUCUCUUUUAUUUAGUUUAUACACAUGUACUUUAUCUUUAUCUCUGUCUAUAUUUACUCAAUUAUUUUUUUUAUUUUGCUUUUUUCUCUUAUUCUUUAUACUGUUCCGAUCUCAAAAUACAACCCUGUAUCUUUUAUUUCACCUGCACCUACACUACUGGUCAAAAGUUUUAGAACACACCAACUUUUCCAGAAUUGAAUUAAAAAUUAUGCAGUUUAAUGUCUCAGUGUACUCUGAAAUGAAUGCACUAUUGCAACAUUUAAAAUUCUUUAUUGAGCAUGAUAGUGUUUUGAAAGUUAAAAAAAAGAUUCAAAAUCACAUUUUAUGUUGGACUAAAGGACUAAAAAAAGACACAAAAUGACCAAAAAAGACACCAAAAGACACAAAAUGACCAAAAAAGACACAAAAAGACACAAAAUGACUUACAAAGGCAUGAAAAGAAUUCAAAAAUGGACAAAAUAGCCCAAGACUCCAUAGAGUUAAGUUGUUAACCCAUUUCUUGUUCCCUGAAAAAGGCCUACUUGUAUAAUUCUGAAAUGUAUAUUAUUUUUCAGUUUUGGUUAAGCUUACCUUUUUUUAUUUACCUCUGGCAGUUCACCACUUACCUUUGUACCCUUUCAAGCUGUUCAUUUGACUUGAACUGCUUGAAUUUCAAUAAAAAACUGAAAAAAUUGGGGUGUUCUAACUUUUGACCGAUAGUGUACCUAUUUGUGAAUUUACAUGAAUAUAAUUUCAUAACUCUGUAAUGUCAAAGGAAAUGAGCACUGACACAAAAAUAUACUGUAUGUAUCUUUUUUUUUGGCUUGAUAAAAAUUAUUUGACUUAAGAAUUAACCACCGAUACUGUUCACAUUAAAACAAAUUCACCCUGAA